AUGGAAUAUGGCCGUCUUGGAAAGUAUCAGCCCGGAAAGAACCGACCCGAUGCUCCAUUGACUCCCAAUAACUACGCCCCCCACUCAACCAACUCUACUUCCAAAAUUAAGCUUCUUCUCAUCUUUGCAUUCACUCUCAUUGUCGUGUCGGCGGUGUCGGUGGGACUGGUGGCGCGUUUCGGACCUAAACAUUCCGGCGGAGGACCACAGUCCGUCGUCCAUCCCCGCCCAACGGAAGCUAUGUCACGAGUUUGUGGCCGGACUCGUUACCAGAAUUUGUGCCUCAACUCGCUGCUUAAAUUUCCGGGAUCACUCGGUGCGUCGGACAAAGACAUGAUCCACAUUUCGAUGAACAUGACUCUGCAGCGCGUGGGGAAAGCGUUGUACACGUCGGCCGAGAUCAGUAAUCUGAAGAUGGAUACACGUGUACGCUCGGCAUACGAGGAUUGUCUCGAACUACUUGAGGACUCAGUGGAUCAGCUGUCACGCUCGCUGUUCUCCGUCGCUCCGGCGGACAGUAGUAAAAAAGGGCAACACGUUGGGUCGACUCAGGAUGUGAUGACGUGGCUCAGCGCUGCGUUGACGAACCAGGACACGUGUACGGACGGGUUGUCGGAGGUGGAGAACGGGUAUGUGAAAAAGCAGAUGGAGGAGAAGUUAAAGGACUUGUCGGAACUGGUGAGCAAUUGUCUGGCGAUAUACGCGGCGGCGAGUGACGGUGAUGAUUUCAACGGAGUUCCCAUACAGCACCGGCGGAGGAGGUUAAUGUCAUUUCCAAAGUGGUUGGGUAGAAAAGAGAGAAUGUUGCUUCAGAUGCCGGUGGCCGGAAUCCAAGCAGACAUAGUGGUGUCGAAGGACGGAAAUGGGACGUGUACGACCAUCGCCGAGGCGAUAAAGAAGGCGCCGGAACACAGUAGCCGACGGAUCAUAAUCUACGUGAGGGCAGGAAGGUAUGAGGAGAAUAAUUUGAAGGUUGGGAGGAAGAAGACGAAUUUAAUGUUCAUAGGGGAUGGAAAGGGCAAAACGGUCAUCACAGGAGGAAUAAGUGUGGUGGCUAACAAUGUCACAACUUUCCACACCGCAUCUUUCGCCGCCACCGGUGCUGGUUUUAUUGCAAGGGACAUGACGUUCGAGAACUAUGCGGGCCCGUCCAAGCACCAAGCCGUCGCACUACGAGUUGGUGCGGACCAUGCCGUCGUCUACCGCUGCAACAUCAUCGGGUACCAAGACACGUUAUACGUCCACUCCCAACGCCAAUUCUUCCGUGAAUGUGACAUUUACGGCACCGUCGAUUUCAUUUUCGGCAAUGCUGCUGUCGUUUUCCAAAACUGCAGCAUGUAUGCCCGAAAGCCCAUGCUCCAACAAAAGAUCACCAUCACCGCCCAAAACCGGAAAGACCCAAAUCAAAACACCGGGAUCUCAAUCCACGCUUGCCGGCUCUUGGCCCAACCAGAUCUCGAGGCUUCAAAAGCUAGCUUUCAGACGUAUCUUGGCCGGCCGUGGAAACUUUAUUCUCGGACCGUCUACAUGUUAACUUACAUGGGUGACCACAUUUACCCCAAAGGUUGGCUAGAAUGGAAUGCAACUUUCGCACUUGACACGUUGUACUACGGUGAGUACAUGAAUUAUGGCCCGGGUGGAGCCGUUGGACAACGAGUGACUUGGCCAGGAUAUCGGGUGAUCACUUCAACCAUAGAGGCUAGCCGGUUCACGGUGGCCCAGUUCAUAUAUGGAUCAUCAUGGUUACCUUCGACGGGAGUGGCUUUUUUAGCUGGUUUAUCUGAAUAACUUUAUCUGACACUUGAAAAAGAAAUAUUUAUGGAUUUAUAGGUGAUAAAAAUAAACAUAAAAAAUGUAAACUCCAUGUUGGAUAUAUAAGUUUAACGUUGCAAAACAUAGCAAGUAUCAUGUAUUAUAAAUAUUAUUCAUGUGUUGAUUUAAUACUUUGAUUGGCUCAAAGUUUUAAUAAACAAUUCCUCAAUUUGUCA